UGUCACGUGGUUAACGCGUCUCUCCUCCGGACCGGUUGAAACCGACAGAAAACUGCAGCAGGUCAAAGAUCUGCAGAGCGACGUAAAAACCCUUCACCCAGCAAACAGUCUUCCCCAGCCUGCCCGCCGCCAUGCACAGACGCUACAGCCUGGAUGUCGCUGCUCCGCUGCUCCGGACGCAGGGCUACGUUGACGGCCGCUGGGUCUCUGCAGCCUCGGUGUUCCCCGUCCUGGACCCGGCCACCGGGGAAGAGAUAGCCAAGGUGUCAGACUGUGGCCCGGCUGAGGCCAAGCAGGCUGUGGACGCUGCCUACAAGGCGUUUCAUUCCUGGAAGCAGUACACUGCUAAGGAGAGGAGUGUCCUGUUAAGGAAAUGGUUUGAGCUGAUGACGCUGCACAAAGAAGACCUGGCCAAGCUGAUCACGUUCGAGAGCGGGAAACCCAUGCGGGAGUCUCUCGGGGAGAUUGCGUACUCUGCCUCUUUCUUGGAGUGGUUUUCGGAGGAGGCUCGGCGGGUCUACGGCGACAUCGUCCCGUCACCUGCCAAAGACCGUAAGAUUUUCCUCCUCAAACAGCCUGUGGGGGUCGCCUCCAUCAUCACACCGUGGAACUUCCCCAGCGCUAUGAUCACCAGAAAGGUUGGAGCUGCUCUGGCCGCCGGCUGCACGGUGGUGGUCAAACCGGCAGAGGACACGCCGCUGUCGGCGCUCGCUCUGGCUGAGCUGGCGGAGCAGGCGGGGAUCCCGGCGGGGGUCAUAAAUGUGGUUCCUUGCUCCAGAGAGAAGACGCCGGCAGUCGGGGAGGUUCUCUGCACUGACCCACUGGUGGCCAAAAUCUCCUUCACUGGCUCCACUGCCACUGGCAAGGUGCUGCUGAAACUCGCUGCAGACACUGUGAAGAAGGCGUCCAUGGAGCUGGGUGGCCAUGCCCCCUUCAUUGUGUUCGACAGCGCUGAUGUUGACAAGGCGGUGGCCGGAGCCAUGGCCUCCAAGUUCAGGAACUCUGGACAGACGUGCGUGUGUUCGAACCGGUUUCUGGUGCAGAGCGGCAUCCACGACCGUUUCGUGGAGAAGCUGAGCCAAGCGAUGGACGCCGAGCUCCGUCUGGGACAUGGCUCAGAGCCCGACACCACCCAGGGGCCGCUCAUCAACAGCAGAGCUGCAGAGAAGGUGGCCCAGCAGAUAGCAGAUGCAGUGUCCAGGGGAGCGAAGGUGUUGAAGGGAGGGAAGCGUCUGGACGGCUCCUUUAUGGAGCCCACUCUGCUGGCCAACGUCACCACAGAGAUGCUCUGCACGAAGGAGGAAACCUUCGGCCCGCUGCUUCCCGUCAUCAGGUUCAACACAGAGGAAGAGGCUCUGGCGAUUGCUAAUGCAUCUAAUGUUGGACUGGCAGGUUACUGCUACUCGCAGGAUGUGAGUCAGAUCUGGCGGGUGGCAGAGGCGUUGGAGGUGGGGAUAGUUGGAGUCAACGAGGGUCUUGUGUCCACCCCAGAGGCCACAUUCGGCGGGGUCAAACAGUCCGGUUUGGGCCGUGAAGGCUCCAAGUACGGCAUCGAGGAGUAUCUGGAAAUUAAGUACAUGUGCCUCGGUAGCCUCAAACCAUGAAACAGGACGCAGCGACGUCAGACGUCCAGUGGUACUGCACUCUCAGAUGAAAUAAAAUUAAAUGCAGUAAUGCAGGUUUUAAUUGGUUUAAACAAUAACAACACAAAAGAACCCUUAAAAUUAGAGUCUGUGUUGAAAACAGUAACGGUAAUUUUUCACAAAUCAUAAAAACGGGUCCGAAAAGUGAAACAAGGUCCUUUUUUAAUUUCUCCUCUGUUGCCUUCUCAUAUGAAACUGUUGUUGCGUAGAAUAAGACAAAAAUCUUUUAGGCAAUAAUUAUCUCACAAGUUCAGUUAUUAAGACUUUUAGGUAAAUGUUUCUUUUUAUUUAAUUAAUCUAGAUACUGAAACAUGUUUAACAUUUACAUCACAAAAAUAUUUUAUAAUCAGUAUGCUGAUGGUAUGUUAUGCAUUAAUAGUGCUAAAUACAAAGAUCUAAAGGAAACUCACUUCUGAUUGGCCACAGGGAUUAUGUUAAAACCAGAGCAGCUCCAGAUGAAACUAGUUACAGCAUGGUCGCUCUCCACCAAUCAAAAUACAGAGUUACUAUUUUUGAAAUAAUGGGUCUAAUAUUUAACUGGCAGCUGUUGCUAACUUGCUAAUUAACAUUAGUUAAAUAUGUUUCUGGCUCACUCAUUUGAAAAUAAGAACUCCGCUAAAGGUUUAAAAUAUGCAUUGAAUGGCUGCCUAUAUACAAGUGGAUCUCAAAAAAUUUGAAUAUAGUGGAAAAGUUCAUUGUGAGCACCAGAACCAGACUGAGAGAUUAAAAAGGCUCAGGAAGACCUUUGCAGGUGUUUUGUUAAUUAGCUGAUUAGAGCUCGGGUCAACAUUUCUGUAUUAUAAUAUAAUAGUUUUGAGACAGUGGAGGUUUAAUUUCCAUAAACUGUAAGCCAUAAUCGAGAUUAAAAUAAGAAUAAAGGCUUGAAACACAUUACUUUGUGUAAUAUAUUCAAAGUUUAAAGUUUCACUUUUUGAACGUUUCAGUAAUUGCAAAAGAAAAUGUACUUUUCAGCGAUAUUCAAAUUUUGAGAUGCACCUGUAAUAUCGUGCUAACUCAGCAGCAUUUACUGAUUCAGAAAGGAUUGAAGCUAAAGCUAACAUGUCCUAGCUAACGAGUUAGCAUCCUCGCCAGUUGAUGAUCCACAUAGAAGAUGCAGAAAUAAGGUGGUGUUCAUGUAUUGUUGGUAAAGCUAGCUCUAGUAGAAAUGACACUGUUCAGAUGUUCAAAAAGAACACUUACUCAGACAAGCAACACAAAAGGUUAGAUUUAAGCUUUAUUGUUCAUAUUUACAACAAUAAAAACUUUUACAAGAGGAAAAAGAUUUAAACUUGAUGAGUUAGGCAAAGCCAUCUUGGAUAAACUUCCCUUGAAUAAAAAGAAAGAUGAGGACAGACAUGCUAAUGUUAGCUUUAUAGACUGUAUAUAAAAAGGUUAGCCUACACUCAGCAUCCGGGACAGUCUCCCACACAGUGGACGUUCCAGUCCUGAGCGGGGCUUUUGCUAGUGUAACCUGCAAUGGCACAGAAUUAUGUAGUUUGCCUUGUAAAUAAAACUAGGUUACUGCUGAAAGUAAUAGGCUAGUUGGCCAGGCCUGGUAGCAGCUCACAUCAGAGAAGAUAAAGUAUUGCAACUGUCGUUGCACAGAGGACAUAUUAAACACCAAACCGUCCAAACUCUUCUUCAUCCCUAUAUUAGAGCCUGAAAUCCUAAGACCAACAGACGAGCUGUGCCUAGUUUCUGCUGUCCAAAAAUCUUAUGUACAAUACAUGCUGACAUUACAUGAGAUAUGAAAAAUAAAUAAUGAACCUCUGGCCUAUCACAAUCCAGGAUUCUCUGUGAUCAUGGUAUAAAAUCCUUGGUGGUUACUUUUCUACUGGUUGCAGGCUCUAUUGGGGGACUUAAUACUGACAAUUGUGGCAAUUGACAAUACAACACAAUGUUAUUUGGGCAUGAGCACCCAAUAAAGAGCCUAAGUCUGUUCUUUCCGCUGACAAAAUAUGUAUGGUAGCCAACGGCGAGAGACAACUAAUGUUUAAAUCCUGUUUGAAUUGUGUCCUGAAUUACACACAUGCUGUUUGUCAGUUUAAAAGAUAAUUUAAGUCAAGAAAGUCGCAACUCGUCAUAAAACUAAAGAAACAUUUAGUUUUGUGUGAAAUCUCAUCUCGCACGAUAUACGUCACCAACAUGUUAGCGCUGUAAUGCUAAGCUAAUGUUCAUUGCUUGCUUGCUACUACCUCGGUAGCUUAGCUAUAUUCCAUCCUGGUCCUGUCAUCACAUCACCUACACAUGGAAGCUCUUUGACGUUAGCUUCAGUAAAUGUUACUUUACAGUUUUACGACAUAUUGACUUUCCUGACUAAAAUGAUCUUUUAAAUUGACAAGCAUGUGUAAUUUAAAAGCUUCAGUAACAUUAGGGUCGGUACAUUAGCUUCAGUCAUUGAGAGAACUAUUAUGACAUCACACAUGGGACUUUUGGAUUUGUGGUUACGUAUAUUCAGUCUUAUACUUCAACAGUAUUACAACAGAUUGAAUUUCUUGCCUAAAAUGAUCUUUUAGACUGACAAACAUCGUGUGUAAUUCAGGGAACAUUUCAAACGGGAUCAAAAAUUAGUCAUCUCUUACCGUUUGAUUACUGCAAAUAUUUUUUCUGAAAUAAAGGUCCUAUGGUGGUCCACCGGAACGGGAGCAGCUUAAGGGAGGUGUUUUUCUAUUGAAAUGCAAGGAAUUACUAAUUAUUAUUUCUAUUUUCUUCCAAAUGAAUCGCAAAACAAACUUUGCAUGUUGGAGAUGGCAAAAAUUUACAUUUCAUACAGGUCUGCCCCCUACAAAAUAAGUCGUUUUUAGGCCACUUACAGGCUCUGUACUUCAACGAUCUUCUCCUACAGAAUAAAUCGGAUCAACUUAAAAUUUCUGCAGUGCAGUCUGAAGACACUGCUUUAGAAAAGUUGCGCUGUGAGUUUUUGUUUAUGGGCGCAACCGUGGCGCGGCGGCGAUCAUCUGUUUAGCCAUGAAACAGUAAGUUGUUGUAAAUUCACUGUACAUGCUGAUAAAUGCCCCGCUCUCAAGACAUCUACAUGUCAGAAUCCUGUCAUAGUCGUUGCGCUACCUACUGGCAACAGGAAGAAGCUGGUACUUUCGUAUUAGUAAUUUCCAAGUCUAAUAUAUCAGAGCUUUCCCAGUUGUAAUUGCACGCUGGAAGUUGACCCGAAAGCCAUUUUACAAGGGGAAAUUGCGAUAACUCAGAUGACGUGGAGGCAGCUUUUUAUUUCCCCCUCCUGAACCUUCUCCAGCAGCACAUAGAUAUUUGUUCAAAACAGAAAGAAAAGUGGCACACUUAGCCAUGGAGGAGAAGGUAGAUUGUAGAUUUACUGAUUUAAAAUAAAUUUAAAAAGCACAAAACCUUUUGCUAGUUUUUCAUAAAAAUCAUUGUUGUACUGACCAUCCUGAUGUCCUGUAGUAGGCCUGUUAAUAUAAUAACAGUAUUUUUUUUUUUAUGAUAUGCUGGCAUAUUUGAACACACAGGGUUCAAAAGUAAGUCACAAUUUCAUUUGUAAUAAUUCAUGGGCCAUUUAUACAAAACAAACAUUUUUCUUCUGUAUGGAACAUUAGCCCAACACAUUGUUUAUAGGAGUCAGACAUUUCAUUAAUAACUGUUAGGUCAGUAUUGCUAAAAUAUAAAUGUCAAAUACAUGGCCUGAUGUCAAUGUUGUUUGAAUAUGCACCACAUUUUUGGGAAGAAAUAGAUAUGAAAUAUCUAUUUAGCAUAUUUCAGCGUGUAGAUAAAAAAUAAUUAGUUAUUGAAGUUAAAUAAAUUCCUUGUUACUGUGUUGGUUUUAAUCCUGGCCAAGCCUUUUCUGAGCCUCUGUUAAAGUAAAAUUAUGGUUGCCAAUGUCAAGUGCCAUUUAAUUGAUUUUUAUUUCUUACAUUGUUGAACAGUACUUUGAUUAAUUUAGAUUUUAUUUAAGAGUAACUUAACCCUCUCUGUCCUCCAAUGGGUUAACUUGUCACCUUGCUGUACAGCUGUACUUAGGACACUGUCACAUCACUGUUGGGUGUGGUUACAGGUGUAGCAGCAAAAGAAAAGGGCAGCAAACUCUUCCAGCCUCGAGCAUGUGAGCAGCACAAAGCAGUGUAAUGGGUGGAGCUUUGUUCUUCGUAGGUCCGUUAGCUUGAUCGGAUUCCUUUGACAUGAAGCAGGAUUUUCAAGGUUUUAAAGCUGGCUUAAAAUGAAUCGUUCUCAUAAAGAUUAGAGUAAUUAGGAGUAUGGUUCUCGUCAUUUUGAGAUAAAUUAAAAGAUGCAUAUGAGAUUAAAAAAACCUGUAAUUACAAACUACAGAUCUUGUUCAUCAACAUUUUAAACCAGCUUUAUAAAACACUCCAGAGCCACUUAAUUAGGUACGAUCUGUUGCAAAUCAAUACAACAGCUCUGCCGUAACAUCUUUACAAAGUUUAGUGUUCAGAUGAUGUUGACAUUGUCAGAAACGUGUAAAUUCACUUACAUGUUAAUCACUGGGGUCAUAGAAGCAUAAUAUUAGAAACACUUAUAUAUAUAUAUAUAAUGUCGAGUACGACACUAUGACCUCAAUGCUAAAACACAUAAUUGAUAUAAUUGGUAAUAAAAAGCCUCUGAAAGUUUUAGCAAGUGUACUUAAUAAAGUGGACACUAGUUGUAUGUGCUUAUGUCAAAUCAGCAAUACAAAUCAAAAUAACCAGGGUCCAUAUGUGCAAAUGCAGCAGAGUAAAGAAGUAAAAUGUUUUAAAUUUUUUCUUGACAGUAACUUAUCUUCCACUGUCCACUGUUUGUUUGUACUGCCAGUUUUGUUCUCCGGGUUUGUACAGCAGAUUGUGUCUCUAAUAUGAUGUGAAACUGGUUCUAAUUGUAAUAUACUGUUGUAGUCAAAGUUAAUGUGGGGGGAAAAAAAAAUUACUUUUUGUAUUUCUGACUAUAAAUAUUAAUGGAAAAUUAAAGAGGAAAUUGUAAUAUUA